AUGACAUCUCUAAUGACAAAUAGCAAUAAUAAUAAUAAUGUUGUGAGAGAUAAUCAAGACGGUAAUGGUAAUAUUCUAGCUCAAAUUAAAACAACAAGUCACUUAUAUGAUAAAAUACAAGAUACAAUAUUUAGAUUAAUGGCGACUGAUUCUAUACCUAAAUUUAUUAAAACUGAUAAAUAUUUGUUGUCAUCAAGGAAUAAGUUCAAUAAUAGCAAUGAUGGCGGCAAUUCAGAGGAUCACUACCAUAGAAAUAUUUCAUCUUCUCCCUCAUCGACUAACGGUGCAAUUCAAUGCUAA